AUGCAAACCGACAAUUUUCCUAUAUAUACAAGAGAAAUAGAAAUUCCACUCAACGAUCAACAAAUAAAUUAUCGUCAACCUAAAUUUAGCAGAAACGUUCGUAUACAAACUAAAUUAACUGCAAAUAGGCUCGACGAUGAACCAGAAAAUUAUCGACAGUACAUACGGACUAGAAAUGUUGGCAUACAAACAGCAUCUGCAGGUAUUCUCUUCGAUGAUAAUGUAACGAACGAACAUAAAAACUCAAGAAAUCCAAGAGCCAAUAUUAAGAAUGGUACAACACACAAGUUCGAUAGGACAGAUGAAAGGCAAACAGCGAUACCAAAAGAAGAAUCUAAUAUUGACAGAAAUAAUUCUAAUCAACAAGAGAAACAAAUUACAGAAAAUGCUGCUAAAGAUAUUACUAAAAGUGAUGGAACUGAAAUAAGUCCUAUUGUAGGAUAUUCGGAAGAACCUCUAUUACCACUUGCACAAGCAUGUGCUCCAUUGAAUGAUAUUUUUCAUAAUUUAUCAUUCUAUGUUGAAUUAGCAUUAAAGGAAACUCCAGAACAACCACCUGAUGGAUUAUCAGUUGAUGAAAGUGCUGCAAUUCGUCUUUAUACAAUCGAAUGGGAUAAACCUCAUCGAAGUCUCUAUUCAACACUCAAUUUUAAUCUGAAAAAUAAUGAUCGUCAAGCACUUCUACCUUUUCACAGAUAUCUCAAAUUAUUCUUAACUGCUCUUGUUAAAUUACCAUGUGUUCCACCAUUAACUGUUUGGAGAGGAGUAACUAAAAAUUUAAGUGCAGAAUUUCCACCUGGUUCUGGUAUGACUUGGUGGGCAUUUUCAUCAUGUACUACUGAAAUGACUGUACUUGAAAAUAAUAUGUAUUUGGGUCAAGAAGGUGAUCGAUCACUUUUCUCUGUAGAAGCUAUCAAUGGUCGAACAAUAAAAGCUCAUUCGCAUUUUGUUACUGAAGAUGAAAUUGUUCUUAUGUCAGGUACUCAUAUGAUAGUUCAAUCACAACUUAGUCCAGCAGCUAAUCUAUAUAUUAUUCAUUUGAAACAAGUAGAACCAGAAAUGAUGACACUUGAACCACCAUUUGAAGGUGCACAUAUUUAUCCAAAAAUUCCACGUCCAUUUUAUCGAAAGAAAAGAUUUAUGAUUCCAAUUUGUUUAUUACUUACUCUUUUUAUUGCCGGUGUUAUUAUUGGUGUUAUUUUAGGAACAAAAUCAAAAACAACAAAAUAUGUAUGCGAGAAUCCAUUUCGAUUAGAUAAUACUAUCGAUACUGGAAAAUAUCCAUCGUCUUCUGUACUGGGUUACUUUGAUAAUGAUACAUAUCUCGAUAUUGCAAUAACAAAUGCAAUGGAAAAUAGUGUGACUCUAUUAUUAGGUGAUGAGCAACUAAUUUUUCGAACAACACGACCUACUGUUGGUGACACCCCAUCUAAUAUGAUAUCGGUUGAUUUAAAUAACGAUAUGAAAAUAGAUUUAGUAGUAGUCAAUACAAAUGACAAUACAGUUAGUGUUUUACUAGGGUUGGGAAAUGGACUUUUUCUGACUGCAGUCCCUUAUGAUGUUGGUGGAGGUCCAUACUGUGUAACUUCCGCGGACUUUAAUAAUGACAAGCAACAGGAUUUAGCAGUAACAAAUCAAGAUGACUCUACCGUUACUUUACUUUUUAACAAUGGAAAUGGAUUAUUUCCAAAUAUUACCUCCUUUUCAGUUGAUCUGUUCCCGUAUAUAAUAUUAUCUGGCGAUUUCGAUGGUGAUAGCAACAUGGAUUUGGCAGUGUCAUAUGGUUGGAGCGCCUACAUUGAUGUGAUAUUUGGCUUUGGAAAUAGAACUUUUAAUACUCCAGUUCUAUAUAGCACUGGUUCUUAUCCACGUUAUAUGAUAGACGCUGAUUUAAAUAAUGAUAAAAAACUGGAUUUGAUAGUGAUCAAUAGUGACGAUGACACUCUCACCAUACUGGUUAACAAUGGAGAUGGUAGUUUUACGACAUCCACCCUUAAGUCAAUUGGUGAAGGCUUAGUUGCGUUAACAACAUCUGAUUUUAAUAAUGAUAGUAAAGCCGAUUUAGCAGUAGUAAAUUCUGGUAGCGGUAGUAUCUAUGUGUUACUUGGUAACGGCGAUGGAACUUUUCUGUCUAGCAUCUUGUAUCCAUUUGAUUACUUCCCACUAGACAUUAUUGCUGCUGAUUUCAACAAUGAUAAUAAAAUAGAUUUAGCAACAGUAAAUGAUAUUGACUAUGGUGUCACUGUAUCACUUGGCACCGGGGAUGGUAAUUUUGCCACUGCAAUUACGUAUGAAACUGGUGAAUAUUCCCUCUGUUUAAUAUCAUAUGAUUUCAAUAGUGAUAAGAAUCAAGAUGUUGCAUUGAUUGCUCAAAAUAGUAAUAGUAUCAUUGUGCUACUUGGUAAUGGAAAUACACGUUUUCAAGCUCCAUUAAACAAUACAGUUGGUGCCUCUCCGGUUCAUGUCCUAUCAGCUGAUUUUAAUAAUGAUACGAAACAAGAUUUAGUAGUGGUUAAUCAAAAUAACAACACAAUCGAUGUACUUUUUGGGCAUGGAGAUGGUUUUUUUGAUACUCCCAUCGUCUACACAGUUGGUGCAUCACCCUCGUAUGCAUUUUCAGCAGAUUUCAAUUCUGAUAAUAUAAUCGACCUAGUAGUGGCUAAUACUGGGGAUUCUACCAUGAGUGUACUAUUUGGAAAAACGAAUGGUACUUUUCAAAUUCAUGAUACAUAUCAACUUAAAGGAUCUCCAACGUGUGUCAUUGCCGUUGAUUUAAAUAAGGAUGGAAAACAAGAUUUAAUAGUAACAAAUAAAGAUAACAGUACAAUUAGUAUAUUUUUUAAUAAUGGAAGUGGAAUUUUUAUAUAUUCAAAUGAUUAUAAUGUUGGUAAAUCACCGAGUGCUAUAGCAGCCGCUAAUUUUAAUCAAGACAAAAAUAUUGAUUUAGCAGUUACUAACUUUGGUUCUAAUACUGUCAGUGUACUUAUCAACAAUGGCAAUGGAAGCUUUGGUAUUUCAAGGAAUUUUACAGUUGGAAGAUAUCCAUAUCGUGUAUCAGCAGGUGAUUAUAAUUAUGAUGGUAAUAUAGAUUUAGUAGUGGUCAAUAGUGGUAGUAAUACUAUAAGUAUUUUGCGGGGUUUUGGCAAUGGAACUUUUCAAAAUCAGACCAAGUAUAAAGCAGAUGGUAAACCAACUUCUGUAGUCAUCGGUGAUCUGAAUAAGGAUAAUAAAGUAGAUCUGGCUGUAACAAAUGCAAAAACUAAUGAUUUAUCUAUUUUUUUGAACAUAUGCAAUGGUUGA